UUUUGCUUGCAAAUUGUCUCUGGUUACAAAGCACACUGCAAGUGAGCAGCCUCCAGAAAUGAUGCCGGGGGGAAAACCCUUUGAACAAAAUUCCCCUCAGAAGAAACAAGAGAGGUUUUCCACAUGCUCUGAGUGCAGGAAAGCCUUUACUCAUCGGUCUCUUCUUUUGAUCCACCAGAAGCUGCACAUGGGGAAUGGAUCACAUCUCUGUUUGACAUGCGGGAAAUCCUUUCCUGGAAUGUGGAGCUUUGCCAAACAUCUCCGGAGCCACCCUGGAGUGAAGCCUUACAAAUGCGGAGGGUGCGGGGAGCGUUUUGCUAAAGGCUCGGACCUUGGAGCCCAUCAGCGAAUCCACCAGGGAAGAAAGAGAUCUCAGGAAUGCUGGAAGUGGAGGAAAAGAUUGUGGUUAUGUCAGAAAUCAGAGCUUCACACACGAGAGAAACAUUACAAGUGCGGCCAAUGCGAGAAGACCUUCCCUCAGAAGUCGCAGCUUUGGCUCCACCAGAAAGUUCACCAGGAAAUAAAGUCUUACAAUGCGUGCGGGGGUGAAAUUGCCCCGCGAUCCUCUCUUCGGAGUCGCAAGAAAAAAAACCGACAGGAGAAAAAUGAAGAGUGUCCAGAAUGCGGGAAAUGUUUUUGCACCAAGGCCUCCCUGAUACGACAUCAGAGAAUCCACUCUGGCGACAGACCCUAUCAAUGCUCGGACUGUGAGAAAGAAUUUGUGUAUUUUUCGGACCUUUGCAGGCACCAGGAACGGCACAGAGGAAAGAAACACUAUAAAUGUGAGGAGUGUGGGAAAAGCUUUUCUUGCAAGUCCUAUCUUCGUUCACACCAGGAUGCCCACACAGGGGGGAAACCCUACAAGUGCACAGAGUGUGGGAAGUGCUUCCAUGUAAAGGGAGGCCUGUGGCAACACCAGAAGAUUCACUCGGGGGAGAAGCCCUUUCAGUGCAUCGAGUGUGGAACAUUUUUUCUUACCAAAGGAGGCCUCACACGUCACGGGCAAGUUCACAAAGGAAGAAAAGAUCACAAAUGUUUAGACUGUGGGGAAACAUUUUCUUAUUUGUCAACCCUGAGAAAACACAGCCUGAUAAAGCACGUAGGAGUGACUUAUCUGAAAUGUUUGGAGUGCGGUAAAUGUUUUUACAGGAAAACCCAUCUUUUGCAACAUCAGGCCACUCAUACUGGAGAAAAACCUCAUAAAUGCUUGGCCUGUGGGAAGAAUUUUGCUCUCAAAGAUUACCUUAAAAAGCACGAGAGAGUUCACUCAGGAGAGAAACCUUACAAGUGUGGGAAAUGUGGCAAGGCCUUUGCUCGCAGCUACGACCUCCGGGCCCACGAGCAGAUUCACACAGGGAUAAAACCUUAUCAGUGCUUAGAGUGUGGAAUGAGUUUCACUCAUACUUCAUCUCUUCGGAGUCAUAAGAGAAGACACGACUCUCAGAAAAAGAAGAAGUGAACAGAAUGUGGGAAAUGCUUCGCUCAGACAGGAGGACUCCGUGCCCAUCUGAGAAUCCACACAGGGGAGAAGCCAUAUCUGUGUUGGGAGGGUGGAAAAUGUUUUACUCAACAGGGAGAACUUUGGAAACAUCAGGUGGUUCACUUGGGGG